AUGCUUCAAGAGCUUGCCUUCUUCUUGGUUCUCUUGACCGCAGGCUUGGAGAUCUCCAUCCUUCAUCUGAAACCUUAUUUCUUCGUGUUGGCCUUGGUUCCCUGCACCGCGGAGUUGCUGGCCAUCGCCGCGUAUUCGGUGUGUAAUUUGGGCUUCACCUGGGCUGAAGGCUUGAACCUGGGCACCGUGCUGGUCGCCGUUGGUGACGGCUUGGUGAUACCGAAGAUGAAAGAGUUUAGUGUGUUGCACAAGCAGCAUCCAAUGCCCUACUUGAUGCUAUGUUGGGCUCCAGUGGAGGCCAGCUACGCGCUAACUUUAUUUGGCGUUUUCACUGCGGUCUCAGCUCCGGCUACGAUGCCAAGUCUCAAUAUCGUGUUGCUCCUUGCAUCCACGGUGAUACGAAUAGCAGCAACCGUCGUGGCGGGAGCAGCACUGGGCUAUGCAGCAUGGUUCCUUAUAGACAAGAGAAGGGAGGCGACGCUGUUCGGGCACCAGGUCUUCACCAACCAACCGGUUGAAGCCUUCCUGAUGCUUCUGGCCGUAGCCCUCUGUGCCUACGGUCUCGGGAGCAACACGAAAGGCAGGCCGACGCUUCCUCUGUUCUUUGGCUGCGGCUCGCUCUUUCAGCCUGAGCUAAUGGUCAUCGUGACGGGAUCAACCUUUGCCAUGUGCUGCGAGAGAUACAACAGCCAGAAUCUGCUGGCGCAGGUUGAACAAAUCAUGGGUGGCGUUUGGGUUUUCGCGCAGUUGAUCCUCUUUGCCAUGCUGGGCAGCAAAACGAGUCCAUCAAUCUUCCCAACUCUGGUGACGGUUCUUCCAAUUAUGGCGAUGGGGCUUCUUGCACGCUUUGCCGGGGUCCUGCUGAGCGUCAGAGCAACGGCAGCUCAACGCCGAACAGAGAACCAAGGACUCGGGCAAACUCUCGCCGAUGCAUGCUUCUGCUUUCUUUCUGUCCUCCCACGCGCCACCAUCCAAGGAGCUUUGGGCGCUGUGCCCGUGAACCAACGCUUCUUCCAGGACGAAGCGCGCGAGGACCGGAGUGAGGCGCGCCACUUAAUCUUUACAGCUGCGCGCCUUUACAUCUUUUGCAUGUCCAUCGUCGGGAUGUUCCUGCUGAACACCUUCGGACCGAUGCUGUUAGAGGCAUCUGAGGAAAGGCCGCCAGAGGAGGAAGCCUUCAUCCAUGAUCGAUUCGCAUCCGACCUUGAGCAGUUUGAUGAUCGAGGGUUCCAUUUCGACUCGCACGAGAGAGACGAGAAUGUUAUCCACUUGGCAGAGCUGCUGGGACAGGAGUACGACAUUCCAGCAUCCAUGGUGAUGUCGCUGUUGGAUGAACGCAGUAAAGCACUGUCUCCCGUUCGUGGAGGAUUGUCGCCAAUUCGUGAGCAUCGGGACAUCGACAAGGCUCAAGUCUCCAGUGCCAGAAGUGACGAAUUGUCAGACCUGUCUCCCUCCGCAAAGACGGAUCCGGUGCGAUCCGCCUCCGCUCGUUUCGUGGGUCUUCGUGCGCGAUUCGAAACGGAGCCGGCACCACGAACCAAAUGGAAAGAGCUCCAGAUGAAGCGCACUUGGAGCAAAAUGGACAAUUUCGCUCUGUUUGAUUCCAGAGGGCCGCAAGUCGAGGAGGACCACUCGGCCGUCCAAGGCUGGGUUGUGACAUGGUGUCAUCACUUGCAGAAGCUGCACCGCGACUUGGAGGGUCACAUCGCAUGGAGGCAGAUACAGAGGCUACACGCACUGAGAGGUCGUGUUCGCAAGUUGACGCAAGCCGAUUUCCCUCCUGAAGAUGUGUCACUCGGAGAUGUCAAAGGGGACAGCGCAGCAGGUGACCGGGAAGAAGGACAGAAAUUUGCAGGCCAAGUAAAGUGGGUUAGGGGUGGAAAGUUUCCGUUGCCCAAAGACAAGCAGGGACGACAGCGUCGCAUGCAGCUGUUCAGUGAGGAGGUGGACAGCAGGGACAUCUGUCAAGGUGCACUGGGCGAUUGCUGGCUGUUGGCCGCGAUAGCUUGCUUGGCAGAGCACAAGGGGGCCAUUCAGGCCGUGUUCAGGACAAAAGAGGUCAACCCUCGCGGCAAGUACGCUCUUCGCCUCUUUGAUGGUGCAAAGGAAAAGUGGGAAAUCAUCAUCAUUGAUGACCACAUUCCUUGCAACAAGGCGUCCUUCGAACGAGACGGCUCCUGCAAGCCCCUCUUUAGCAAGCCGAACAAGAACGAGCUGUACGUGAUGCUCAUGGAGAAGGCCUUUGCCAAGUUCUGUGGCGGUUACUCUGCUUUGGAGGGAGGCCAGACUAUAUGGGCCAUUCGGGCGAUGACAGGCGACCCAGCGCGUCUCUUCUACCGAAGCGACGCGAAAGACAAUUGGCAGCGGAAGGACCUAAAGAACUUUGACGAUCCGCAUGACAAGCGCAAGUGUGGCUUGUAUGCCCGGGACGAGAAAAUCGAUAACGAUACCAUGUUUGAGAUCCUACGCAAGUACCACACACUGGGCAGCAUCCUCUCAGCUUCGGGAUCGAGCGGGGCCGAUGGCUUGGUGACCGGCCAUGCCUACUCCAUCCUCCAGGUGAGAAAAGUGAACGAUGGAUUCAUGGGCAUUGGGGGGAAGGACUACAAGAUGAUUCAGAUUCGAAAUCCGUGGGGCGCAGGAGAGUGGAAGGGUGACUGGAGUGACAAGAGCAAGUUGUGGCAAGAUCAUCCUUCAGUCAAGAAGCAGCUGGAGUUUGAGGAUGUUGAUGAUGGCGCCUUUUGGAUGAGCUGGGCUGAUUUCAUCCAGAACUGGAGCAGGAUCGGGGUGGUAGACCGCACGGUGGACAUCAAUUCCCUCAGUCUCCAUGUGAAGGAUGACUCUGCCUGUGCUCCAACACUUGGCUGCUGUCAAGGAUGUUGCACUUUCUGGUGCUGCUGUCAGGGAUGCAAGAAGGUGUACUGUCCGCACCGCAGCUCAGACGAGACGAUCAAGGUCAAGAAAAGCUGCUGCAACAUCCUGUGA